CCUCCACGCAUGCGCAUUAGCUAUUACAGUGCUCGUCUCGCGGCUUCUUUUUUUAUUGUAGUUAUUCAAUUAUAAAUGUUUAAAUUAUAUAUUAUAGCAAAUUAUGUAAAAAGUUUUCGUACUAUUUAGCCGUUAUAAUAUUUUCUAAAAAUAAUAAUAAUAAUAAUAAUAAUAAACAAAAACUCUCUAAGACGUCUUAUUUACACCGGAAACUGUUGCCAGAUCGGAAAUGAUCAUAGAGGGCGGGACAUAUUUGAAAUUUGUGACUGUUGAAAGCCUUUUUCUGAGUCUCCUAACAGGUGCUUUUAUUAAUACCACUGGCAUUAUCGUCACUCUGUGAGGAAAACUCAAUGUCUUCAAAAAUCCCAAGAGGUACAAAUUUACCAACAGAGGCAAAAACCGUUCAGAAAACGGACACAAAUCUAAAAAAUUCAAGGGAAAAUGUCCCAAGGAAAAAUGUUGCUCCUAAAGUUCACAAAGGUGUUUCAACCAGAUAUGGGCAACAAGUGGAGCUGAAGGAGCAAAAUCAAAACCUGGUGGCUGCAAAUGAGGAGCUACAGAAAAACCUAUCAGGGAAGCAGCAAAGAGUUGAAGAGCUGGAGCUGCAACUCGAUGAGCUUCAGAAGGAGAACGUAGAGUUUCAGAAAAGCCUGCAGGACUGUCACACGCUCCUAGUUUCUGCCAAGAUAGACCCAGUUUUAGGGGAAAGGGUUGGAGAUGCAGUGAGACAGAAAGAAGACGAAAGGAAAGAAGUUAUGAGUGUUUCCACCGAACUGCUGAGGGAAUUAAAGGCUUUUGGAGAAAUUGCAUCACAACAGCGUACUCACCUACAGGAAAUCCAAGCAACAAUGGAGGACCUCACUAAAGCGCGAGAAAUUAUGAAGCAAGAAAGAGAGAAUUUCUCUCAGGAGGCUGCUGAAAUGGAGAGAGCUCUAAAAGAGGCAGAAGCACUCUUAGAGUAACAAAGAAAUAUAUAUCUGUAUAUGUUAAUGUGAGAUUUUAUGUUGAAAUAAAGGAUUAAUGUUUUUCUACAGUAA